AAGUUGUGGGUGGAACUGAGUCAGUAGGAUAGUAAUUGAAGCCAACCAACUCGGGCUAUACUAUGAGGUACCAUAUUCUAUCAAAGCAUCACGCAAUGGCAAUCGAUAAUUUAGAUGUUAUCGUUGUUGCGUGAUUCAGUUCAUUGCCGAUCUUGUAUGUACACAAAUCCAGCAUUUCACGUGAACAUGUGAUAGGACAUGAAAGUGUAUCCUGAAUACAACUUUAAAAAUGAUAAUCCAGGUUCUAAAAAGAACCGGUCGGCUUCAGAUGUUAGUGGUCUAUCGUUGUUGGCUGCAAGUCUACGUCAUCAGACGACGGAAUUCUUCAACAAUUCAACUUUACACGGUGUUCGAUAUAUUGCUGAAAAGGACAGGCCGUUUUGCGAAAAGUUUAUGUGGUUCAGUUUUACGGCCGUUGGUGCAGUAACAACUUGCAUUAUAAUUGUUAGCUUAUGGGAAAAGUUCCAAACGAACCCCACUAUCACGGGUUUGGAUACGGACUUUCACAAUUGGGAUGUACCGUUCCCGGCGGUGACAAUAUGCGACCUAGACCCUGUCGAUGAUGAAUUAUUAGAUAACUACAUAGAAAGUAUUUGGGGUUCGGAACCACCGGCGAAAGCUGGUGAAAUGCUGCGAUGGUUAGCUACCCUUACAUAUCGGUCUAUAGAAGAACGCGCCUCUGAAUUCAUAUCGGAUCCUACUCUUAUUGGAAAAAGCGAAGGCGAUGAACCUGCGCCGGCGAAAAAUCCCAAAGAUGCCGUUUUUGAAAUAGUCCGCCAUUGUGAGACAUUGUUCUACGACUGUGAGUGGAAGGGUGACUCUGAAGAGUGUUGCGAUGUGCUAAUGCCCGUUUUCACUGAAAUGGGAUUCUGUUACGCUUUCAACUCUAAACAUGCCGAAAAAGUUUGGCCAUGGCAAUCACAGUCUCAAACCGAGCUGUUCAAUGAAGCAUUCAUCCAUGAGACUGACGCUAAAUGGUCUUUCAUGUUUAACACAGAUCGUAAAAACACCACAUUUGAUGUAUUUAUUCAUUCUACCGAAGAAAUGGCAGGUCUAGAGCAAAGUCCUCAACAUACUUGGGACCAUCGAGUGGAGAAGGUGUCGUUUUCAGUAAAACAUACGUACACCACAGAGGAUGCUCGACAGCUAUCCAUUCGGCAAAGACGAUGUGUGUUCGCUGAUGAAGUUCGCUUGGAGACAUCUAACAUUUAUACUUAUUCAGCAUGCAUGAGGCAAUGUCGCAUGCAAAGGAGUCGGUCUUUCUGCAAAUGUGUGCCACAUUUUUAUCCGACUUUGAAAGGUUACAAACAAUGCACACUUCGUGAGUUAGGCUGUAUAGCAACGCACGCAGCUGCAAUAACAGAUGUGUCUCGUUGCAACUGUGAGCUUGGUUGCUCACACACUGUCUACGAAGUCGAAAAACUUACCGAUGUCGAUGCAACACGAAGUGACGACAAUACACUAUUGGAAACAGAGUUCGUGUCAUGGCCAAUGGUCCGAUACAAACGGGAGGUGCUCUUCGGUUGGGUCGACUUGUUGGUGUCUUUUGGGGGCAUAGCGGGCCUGUUUCUAGGGUUCUCAUUGCUGUCUGGUGUGGAACUGAUUUACUACUUCACAUUGCGAGCGUGGUGCGCAGCGGCGCGGGACGGAGACGUGUUGCGUCAAGAGCGAGCGGAGAGGCUCGCUAAGCCUAAACCUCCACACGAUCUGAGUCUUGUGCCUUGGUGGAAGCAGCCUCCACUCCCGCGCAGUGCACGGCCCGCUCGUCCGAUAAUGGUGCGAGCUAAGAAAGCACCGCCGCCAGAGUACUCACCACCUCCAGCAUAUCCCACCUACUUACCCUAAAUAGUUAUAAGUAUUUGUGCUAGGUAUAAGCUCAUGCAAGAAAUGAAACGAUAAUAUAUUUCAGUUAAUAUUUAUUCCAAUAUUUUUGGUCAUACAUCCAUUCUAAUGUCGCAAUUAGUAAAAUUUAUAUCGAACUACAUUAUUGUGACAAUUGGACACAAAAACAGUCAACAAGUUCCAAAAUUCGAGAAAUAUAAACAUACAUGCAGUAAAGUCUAAAAAAACGACCACAAUAA